UUUACUGCAGCUGCAUUACCUUGCAUGACACUCCUCAGCUUCUUUCACUGUGCAUGUUUGAAAACAUGAUAUCAAGGCUGAUCUUUCUACUUUUCUUUGGAAAUAUUUCACUGCUCCUUGGAAAUGCUCAGAAACUGCCAAGAGCCAAAAGACAAAGCCUGAAAGUUCAGAUCAACGUGACCGGUGAUGCAGUGUGCAUGAGAUAUAUUCGACCAAGUCCAAGCACCAAACUGCAAGGGUUCAUUUUGGGAUAUGGAAGCAGUUUCUUCUCUAACCAGUACAUUUCUCUACCAUCAGAUGGAAAAUCUUACAUAACAGAACUUGAUGCUGAACCAAGGUACUUGAUUUCUGUGAGGCCAGCACCUGCUACAAAUUAUAAGAAACCCUGCUCAGGUAAAACACACAACUCCAAACCCCUCCAACUGGUCAUAGGCACUUUAACUCCAACUUCUGUCUUCUUGUCCUGGGGAAUCUUAGUCAACCCAAAGCAUGAUUGGACCACACUGAAUAACUGUGCAAAUGACAGAUUCUAUACAGUUCGGUAUAGAGAGAAAGACAAGAACAAGAAGUGGGUUCUCCAGCUUUGCCCAACUACUGAAACAGUGGUGGACAAUCUGAAGCCUAACACAAUUUAUGAAUUUGGAGUGAAAGACAAUACAGAUAAUGGGAUCUGGAGCAAAAUUUUCAGUCACAAAGUGGCUGUGCCUAGUAAAAACAAAGAAAAUGGAGAACUCCAGAACAGCUAUAAAUUUCCUAAAGUUCAAACACAGUUUAUACCAGGAGAUUCCAAAGUUCUACAUCCAGUUACAAUAAUCAAACAAGUACUUCAAAAUGCCACACAUCGGAAACAGUCUAAAAUGCCAGAGAAAUCUCCUUUAGCAGGACCAAUAUUAGUGCACCUAAUAGUUCCAGAUUUCAAUGGAACUCAAAAGAAAUUGCCAUCAUCUUUAACAUUGGAUGUACCUGAGAGACCUAAGAAGAUACUUGUUAAAAAUGAAACACAAGAAUGGCCAGCGGAAUCCAAAACACCAGAAUUGCAGGAAAUUUCACCCCAUUCCCAGCAUGCUAGCACUGAGCUAGAUUGGAAAAGCAGUAAACCUACAUCUGCCAGUGUCUCAGAAGAAUCUGACAGCUUUACAGCUCACACUGAAAGUGAACUGGAAUCUUCAAAACCUAGCAUAACACCUUUGGCAGAACUGCCAUAUGACACAUUGGCUCCACUUGAGUUUCCAGAAUUUUCUAAAACAAAAAUGCCUCCCUCACUCCAAAUACUCACAGAAAAAUUGGCUUCAAUUGAAACACAGCCUGUUCCUACACAACCCCAAACAGCUGCUCCAAAAUCCACAUGGACAAAGCCAGCAGUAACAAAUGAACCCACUCUGGACUCUCUCACACCUAAAUCACUUAAGCCUCUUGACUGGCCAAGGACAACACUGGCUCCAGUUGAAACACUUCUUAUUCCUUUUAAACGGAAGCCUUCUGCCACUCCAGAAGGAUGGCAGAUGAAACCUGCCACUAAUCUACCAACUUCGAAGCAGACUACUUCUGUAACAUCUAGGAUUAAUGAACAAUUGAACAUAUCUCCAGCUCCAGUGGAAACUCUAUAUGAUCCUUCCACACCUAAAUCUUCUGCCCGCCUCAAAAUAACAGAAACUAAAUAUGAGAAAGAACCUCAGUGGGAAACCAUUACAUCUAAAAUUUAUAAAACCACUGAAUUCCCAAGAACAACAUUGGCUCCCAGUAAAACAAAAAAUCUUGUUCCUAAGCCCCAAAUUCUUCCCCAUCUGGAACAGCCAAAGACUGUACUGGCAGUUACUCACAGAUUGAUUCCAGUUCCUCCCACGACUAAGAUUUCUUACAUUACUGGCUAUCCAGAGGCAACUAUGGCUUCUUAUGAACUGAGUUCUAUUCCUUCUAAAUAUAAAGAAUCUACCAUUCCAGAAGUACCAGAUAGCAAACCUGAUUCCAUCGAAGCAGAUAAUUUCUCUUUUAAACUAUCCGUGGCACCAGAACACUCAUUUACUAACACUGUCCUGGAAUCAGUUACACUUAGCAAUGAACUUCCAAUAGUAGCUCCAAAACCCAAGCCUCAUAUUGUCAGCCCUAAAACUACUGUUACCCCUCAGGUGCUACAUACAAAACCUGUCCUGAAACCUACUGCACUGAGAACUGAACCACCAAAGUUAGAAAUUGAAGAGAGACGCCCUGUGUCUUCUAGGCCUAAAACAUGGUUUACCCCUGAUGUACCACAGACCAAGCCUGACAUGGAAGUGGUUACCUUUAAAACUGAACAACUCAAACCAACAAUAGUUACCACAAAUAUUAUUACUUGUAACUCUCCUAAAGAAACACGUCGAGUGACUACUAGACCAAAAACAUCUCCCAGCUCUGGUGUAAAACCAACAAAACAUAGUUCAAAAGGCAACCGCCGCAUUGUAUCCAAACCUAAAACAUCACCUAGUCCGAAAAUAUUUCCAACAAAACCAGCAGUUAUUCCAUUCUCUCAAGAAUCUUUCACUGCCACGAUGCCUCAUGCUCCUGAAAAGGCAAAGGCAACAUUGGCUUCAACAGUGAAACAAUUCAUUCCUAGUACAUCAAAGCCAUCUACUAGGCCAAGAAUGGUAGAGACAAAACCUGUUCAUGGAACAACAUCACAACCACUUAUAAUCAAACCUACUCUGUCUUCUGAACAAAUAAAGACAACUAUGGUGCCAAAAGAGACACGGCUUAUUCCUUCUAAACCCAAAACAUCUGGCAAACUAGAUGUCUCUCAGACUAAACCUGCACCAUCUGCAACAUACCCAGGAUCAAUUAACCUUCACAUUCAUGUUUUCAGUGAUCCCAAAGACAGUUUGGUUUCAUCCAAGCCUCACAAUGGAGUAACAACAACUGAAGGUCCACACUUGGAAAAUGCACUACCUAAAGUGUAUGGGACUACUGUAAAACCUAAAACAACUGAUAGAUCAUCGGCCAAGCUUGUUGUAAAUAAAACCACACCGGCCCCUCCUAGAACAAGGACACAAGGAGGACUGACAUGGGGUAAACUGCCUAGAGGUGACAAAUUAACAGACCAGGAUGCCACAAAGCUUCUUAGUACGAGUUCUAGUAUAAGUUCCAACACCUCACUGCAUUCCUCAGUUGCAAGAAAAAAAACAGAUCCCGUAGCUACACCACCUGAUUCUCCACGACCUCCCUUAGCUCCUGCCAGACCUACACAAAUGCGAAGAAAACCUUUGCCACCAAACACCGUGACUGGUAAACCUGGACGUUCAGGAAAUGUCUUGAUGCCACGAGCCUCUUCUUUUUCCACAGCAUCCUCCAUAACAAAUCCUACUGGACCAACGAGUCUGUCAAAAACAAGAUCACCAAAAAAGCCACCCACAGCAGCAUCUUCUCCCGAUUACAGUAGCCCGAUGUUCAGCUCAUUGCCUACUACAGAAACUGAUAUUGCAGGCACACCAAGGUAUACAGGAGACCACGUUAAGUACAUGCAAAAAGAAGACGACGUACCAUGUUCCAUCACAGAUACUCUCCAAUAUUUUCCAACAGAGGAGGGGGAGAGCACUGAUACAGCUACUAGUCCCCCACGAAAGCCUCCUACAAAUCUCACUGUGGUGACUGUUGAAGGCUGUCCAUCUUUUGUCAUCCUGGACUGGGAAAAACCACAAAACGAAACUGUAACAGAAUAUAAAGUCGUAUCAACUGAAAAUGGAGGCACAACAGGAAAGGACACGUCCAUUAUAACUACAAAUCAAACCCAUUCUACAGUGGAAAACCUGAAGCCUAACACAAGUUAUGAAUUUGUUGUGAUACCUAGCAACCCUCUUGGUGAAGGUCCGAGUAGUGAAUCAAAGCCAUUUAAAACUGAAUCAGCCGAUCCCCGAGUAACUGAGCCAAUUUCAAUGGGAAAAGAUGCAAUCUGGACUCAAAUCAAAUUUAACUCUGACACCUAUUCUGAAUGCAAAGGGAAGCAGUUUGUUAAGAGGACGUGGUACAAGAAGUUUGUUGGUGUGCAGCUGUGCAAUUCUCUCCGAUAUAAAAUCUACCUAAGCGAUUCACUUACAGGUACAUUUUAUAAUAUUGGAGACCAGAGAGGACAUGGAGAAGAUCACUGUCAAUUUGUGGACUCAUAUUUAGAUGGAAGAACUGGGCAACAGCUUCCAUCAGAUCAGCUACCAACCAAGGAUGGCUUUUUUAGAGCUGUACGGCAAGAACCUGUAAACUUUGGAAGAAUAGGAGCUGGAACACACAUUAACUAUGUUCACUGGUAUGAGUGUGGAACCACAAUACCUGGGAAAUGGUAGAACAAGAAAUGAACUGAAUAAAGAAAGACAGCAUCCAGCCAUGACUAUCACAGAGCUCAUAGAUGGAACUAUAUCAUGUUAUUUGUUGUGACACUUACCAUACUGAAAUGUAAUGUACAUUCAGUAGCAUUGGCUGCUUAACUGUAGUUGUCCAGAUCUACAGAUUUGUUGUAGGAAGACGUAGGAUAUUUCAUAGAAGGAUAUCUUGGGAAGCUGGCUCCCUAUUAGUCUCUUAUGGUACCAUCUACAUAUUCUAAAAGAUGUAGUUUAUUAUUUAUCAUGGUUGUGACAUUUUGAGACAUCUUUAUUGAAAGUGGGUAAGAAACAGAUACAUAUUCUGAUUUUUUCUGAUGUAUACUGCCAAAGUUGCUGUUCUUGUUUAUUUUCAAACACAUUUAAAUUAUUAUAAGGUUAGUGCCUAAAUAAGUUUUCUGCCACUUCAUACAUCCAGUCUGAAAAUGUGCAAUUCUCCAACAUAAUUUGAACAAUCACUAAACCAUUAACACUAUACAUGUCUGCACUCAAGACUGCAUCAAAUAAAACAAUGACAAACUGAAAUGUCAGGGAACCAUGUUACUAACCCAAGACCAAUAAGGAUUCUACCAUACAGACAUUUGGUAAAACCUUGUCACCAGUCUGCCAUGGCGAGGUUUGUCUGAUUGGUAGAAAUUCUCCAUCCCAACAGGGCUUUAAAAUAUAGCAUUAAGAGCAUUCUGGAACUGUUAAAAGGGUUACACAGACAUUUUCCUGUCACAUUUACUUUUGGGACAAAUGGAAGUUAUAUAUCAUUGUAGAUUUUUGUCUCUCUUUAGUGAUUUCCACUGUACUUUAAUGCCUGCAGAUGAAUGCUGCUACAGCAAACAAGAAACAAAUUAUAAGCAUAUACCUUAACACCAUCUAUCUUUAUGAAGAAAAACAGACUACCAUAUUUUUAUAACAUGUCCCCGCUUCGCCCCCCACUUUUCUACCUAAAAAUUAAGAAAACAGCUUUGAGUAUUCAGCCUCUGGGCUCAGAAUGCUCAGAC